CACGAGUGGGUCCAGAGAUCCGGCCACACCUAUUUCUGGGUCAGCAGGUACGAGAACCUCUCCCACGUGGAGCAGCCCUGCCCUUCACCCCCACGCUUCCCACAGAUCUCGACGUUGGGGCCGGGGUGUCCGUGUACACCGCAAGGAGUUAAUGGGAUGAGGUGGAGGGAGCGCACAGAUUGGGGUGAACAUUCCUUCCGGAAUGCGACUCAGACAAGGUCUCACGUUUCCCCUCCCCCAAAUGUGCCCUUAAUUCUCUGCUCUUAGCAUCUUUUAUUUUGUCCGCUCCGCUCUCGCCGAGUUUGGAAUAUCAGGAUUUAUAUGGAGACACUUUUUGGAAGUUUAACCCCGACCCCUCGAUAAAACAAAAGUGAAAACAACCAAGCUACUUUUCUAGGGACAUGAAGCAAUUGACCAUCUGCCUCCAGUCCCCGUGUCGACCCCAACCCUCUUUCACAGCCAUCCCCACGCCCCCCCUCCAAGAGCUUUCGGAUGAGUGGGUGGGGACUUGCGUUGAUUCAACUUACUUCCACGCACAGCGCACUCCGCCCCUCUUCUCUCGGGGUCCAGCUCCCUGGAGGGGAGGAGGGAUGGAGGAUUUUCUUUUAUUUAAAAAUAUCCUGCCCAGCGUCCUCCCUCCCCCCCCUCCCCCAGGCGUUUUGCGCUGGCAGUGCAAGGGGAGGAGAGGAGCGCUCUAAAACGCUGCACGUGUGGCCGGCCUGGACUGCGGGUGUGCGCACGGGCGAAUGUGUGUGUGAGUGUGUGUGAGUGUGUGAGUGUGUGUGUGUGUGUGUGUGUGUGUGUGCGCGCUUUCUUGUUCUCUUACAGGGUACAAUGUUAAAAAGCCACCGCUAGUCGCCCCCAGUGCUCCGACUCUCUGGGUCUUUUUGUCUCUAGUGCAGAUUAAACGUCACGUCCGCACUUGAACUUGAAUUUUAUCCCAUUGUACAGAGGCAGCCCCAGCCAUAGAGAGACCGAGAGCUCCCAGAGAACCCGGACUCCGCCAUCUUCACGUUGCAAUCUAUAGCUCCCAGUCCGCGCCCGCACCGACCCAGGCGCACUGGGCGAGCCGCCCCUCGGCCCAGCUCCCCUCGGGCCUGCGGCGCCAGGGGAGCGCUGGGGAGCGCUCGCGGGGACCCGGCAGCCUCUCCGGCCGGCGCCAGCCUGCCAGGUGAACUGGGAAGGAGCCGCUCCUGGAGUCCCCCCAGAGCCUCGGAAGGGUCAGUCUCCGAGAAAAAAACAGGCAGCCCGCAGAAAACCCAGAAACAACCGAACCGGGGCAGUUUUACAUUGCUUUGGGUUUCUGGAGGGGGCGGGGUGAGGGGGUACGAGACAAGUCCCCAAGUUUUCUUUGCUUUUUUUUCUUUUCUUUUUCUUCUAUUUUUUAUUUGUUUGCAUUUUUUUUUCCUUUUUCCCCCUCCUGGUAGAAGUGCGCUUUCCACCUACCAGACCCUGAAAGAAAGUGUCAGGAGCCGGUGCAAAAUCCGGUUUAAGUUCAAGAAGACAUUUGCAAGUCCAGGAGGCCAAGCAGUUUGAAGAAGUGUAAGCAAUUUUUUUUCCUUGAAAAGAAUAUAUUUUUGAAGAAACCAGCCAGUCCGCGGCAAGCAAGAGCAGAUUUUUUUUUUUUUGCCUUUCUCCUAUUUUAGAUCGAGAGGUUUUCCUUUUUCCUUCUCUUUUUCUUUUUUUUGCAAACAAAACAAAAAACAGCAUAGAAGAAAGCGCAAAAUAAAGAAGAAGAAGAGGAGGAAGAGAGGGCAAGAGGGGAAGGAAAAAAAAAAAAACCAAAACACCAACCCGGGCAGAGGAGGCGCGGCGGCGGCGGCGGCGGCUGCAGCGGCGCGGCGCGGCGGCAGCGGCGGCGGCUCGGACCCCUCCCCCGGCUCCCCCCAUCGGUGCAGCUCUCCGGGCGAUGCCAGAAUAGAUGCCGGGGCAAUGUCCCGCCGCAAACAGGGCAACCCGCAGCACUUGUCCCAGAGGGAGCUCAUCACCCAGCCUGAGCAUGUGGAGGCCACCAUCCUCGAGGAAGAUGAGGGUCUGGAGAUAGAGGAGCCCAGCAGCCUGGGGCUGAUGGUGGGGGGCCCCGACCCUGACCUGCUCACCUGUGGACAGUGUCAGAUGAACUUCCCCCUGGGGGACAUCCUGGUUUUUAUAGAGCACAAGAAGAAGCAGUGUGGCGGCAGCCUGGGUGGCUGCUAUGACAAAGGCCUGGACAAGGGCAGCCCGCCGCCCUCCUCACGCUCUGAGCUCAGGAAAGUGUCCGAGCCGGUGGAGAUCGGGAUCCAGGUCACCCCCGACGAAGAUGACCACCUGCUCUCACCCACGAAAGGCAUCUGCCCCAAGCAGGAGAACAUUGCAGGGCCGUGCAGGCCUGCCCAGCUGCCAGCGAUGGCCCCCAUAGCUGCUUCCUCCUCCCACCCUCACACAUCUGUGAUUACUUCACCUCUUCGUGCCCUGGGCGCUCUACCGCCCUGCUUCCCCCUGCCGUGCUGCAGCGCGCGCCCUGUCUCGGGUGACGGGACUCAGGGUGAGGGUCAGACGGAGGCUCCCUUUGGAUGCCAGUGUCAGUUGUCAGGUAAAGAUGAGCCUUCCAGCUACAUUUGCACAACAUGCAAGCAGCCCUUCAACAGCGCGUGGUUCCUGCUGCAGCACGCGCAGAACACGCACGGCUUCCGCAUCUACCUGGAGCCCGGGCCGGCCAGCAGCUCGCUCACGCCGCGGCUCACCAUCCCGCCGCCGCUCGGGCCCGAGGCCGUGGCCCAGUCCCCGCUCAUGAAUUUCCUGGGCGACAGCAACCCCUUCAACCUGCUGCGCAUGACGGGCCCCAUCCUGCGGGACCACCCGGGCUUCGGCGAGGGCCGCCUGCCCGGCACGCCGCCGCUCUUCAGCCCGCCGCCGCGCCACCACCUGGACCCGCACCGCCUCAGCGCCGAGGAGAUGGGGCUCGUCGCCCAGCACCCCAGUGCCUUCGACCGAGUCAUGCGCCUGAACCCCAUGGCCAUCGACUCGCCCGCCAUGGACUUCUCGCGGCGGCUCCGCGAGCUGGCGGGCAACAGCUCCACGCCGCCGCCCGUGUCCCCGGGCCGCGGCAACCCUAUGCACCGGCUCCUGAACCCCUUCCAGCCCAGCCCCAAGUCCCCGUUCCUGAGCACUCCGCCGCUGCCGCCCAUGCCCCCCGGCGGCACGCCGCCGCCCCAGCCGCCGGCCAAGAGCAAGUCGUGCGAGUUCUGCGGCAAGACCUUCAAGUUCCAGAGCAAUCUCAUCGUGCACCGGCGCAGCCACACGGGCGAGAAGCCCUACAAGUGCCAGCUGUGCGACCACGCGUGCUCGCAGGCGAGCAAGCUCAAGCGCCACAUGAAGACGCACAUGCACAAGGCCGGCUCCCUGGCCGGCCGCUCCGACGACGGGCUCUCGGCCGCCAGCUCCCCGGAGCCCGGCACCAGCGAGCUGGCCGGCGAGGGCCUCAAGGCGGCCGACGGCGACUUCCGCCACCACGAGAGCGACCCGUCGCUGGGCCACGAGCCUGAGGAGGAAGACGAGGAGGAGGAGGACGAGGAGGAGGAGCUGCUGCUGGAGAACGAGAGCCGGCCCGAGUCGAGCUUCAGCAUGGACUCGGAGCUGAGCCGCAACCGGGAGAACGGCGGCGGCGGUGGCGGCGGCGGCGGCGUGGCCGGGGUGCCGGGCGCGGGCGGCGGCGUGGGCGGCGCGGCCAAGGCGCUGGCCGACGAGAAGGCGCUGGUGCUGGGCAAGGUCAUGGAGAACGUGGGCCUGGGCGCGCUGCCGCCCUACGGCGAGCUGCUGGCCGACAAGCAGAAGCGCGGCGCCUUCCUGAAGCGCUCGGCGGGCGGCGGGGACCCGGGCGACGACGACGACGCGGGCGGCUGCGGCGACGCGGGCCCGGGCGGCGCGGUCAACGGGCGCGGCGGCGGCUUUGCGCCGGGCGCCGAGCCCUUCCCGGGCCUCUUCCCGCGCAAGCCGGCGCCUCUGCCCAGCCCCGGGCUCAACAGCGCGGCCAAGCGCAUCAAGGUGGAGAAGGACCUGGAGCUGCCGCCCGCCGCGCUCAUCCCGUCCGAGAACGUGUACUCGCAGUGGCUCGUGGGCUACGCGGCGUCGCGGCACUUCAUGAAGGACCCCUUCCUGGGCUUCACGGACGCGCGCCAGUCGCCCUUCGCCACGUCGUCCGAGCACUCGUCCGAGAACGGCAGCCUGCGCUUCUCCACGCCGCCCGGGGACCUGCUGGACGGCGGGCUGUCGGGCCGCAGCGGCACGGCCAGCGGGGGCAGCACGCCGCACCUGGGCGGCCCGGGCCCCGGGAGGCCGAGCUCCAAGGAGGGCCGGCGCAGCGACACGUGCGAGUACUGCGGCAAGGUGUUCAAGAACUGCAGCAACCUGACGGUGCACCGGCGGAGCCACACCGGCGAGCGGCCUUACAAGUGCGAGCUGUGCAACUACGCGUGCGCGCAGAGCAGCAAGCUCACGCGCCACAUGAAGACGCACGGGCAGAUCGGCAAGGAGGUGUACCGCUGCGACAUCUGCCAGAUGCCCUUCAGCGUCUACAGCACCCUGGAGAAACACAUGAAAAAGUGGCACGGCGAGCACUUGCUGACUAACGACGUCAAAAUCGAGCAGGCCGAGAGGAGCUAAGCGCGCGCGGCCCCCGCGCACCUGUACAGUAGCCCCGUCGCCAAGCGAGAGAAUGCUGACCUGACACUUGCCUCCGUGUCGCCGCCGCCGCUGCUCGGCACCCCCUGCGAGCCCCCGGGGCCCCAGGGGAGGCGGCCCUCCAACCUAACCUGUGUCUGCGAAGUCCUAUGGAAACCCGAGGGUUAAUUAAGGCAGUAAAAAUUGUGGAGCCUUUUAACUGUGCAAUAAUUUCUGUAUUUAUUGGGUUUUGUAAUUGUUUUGGCAUGUGCAGGUACUUUUUAUUAUUAUUCUUUCUGUUGAAAUUCCUUUAAGAGAUUUUGUUGGGUAUCCAUCCCUUCUUCAGUUUUUUGUUUCUUUUUUUUGUUUCUUUUUUUUGUUUGUUUUUUAAAAACUCAGUAGUAGCCUGAGCGAUGACUCCCGAGCUAUGUAGAGGGGAAGCAUAUAUUUUAAAUUAUAAUUUUGGGGGGGGAGGGCGCUGCUUUUUUGAAAUCUAAGCUAAGCAUGUGUAAUUUCUUGUGAAGAAGCCAACACUUAAAUGACUUUUAAAGUUGUUUACUUUUUUAUUCCUUUUUUUUUUUUUGUCCUGAAAUAAAAAGUGGCAUGCGUUUUUGUUUUUGUUUUGGGGGAGGGGGUGGAUGAACAGCGGAUAACAAUCUUUAAAGUUGUAGCACUUUGUUUCAGAAUCGGAAAGGAGAUGUAGCACUGAUGAUGUCCCGAGUAACAGAGGCCUUUUCUGUGUUGAUUUCAACUUUGCAAUACAUAAGGAAACCUUUGCGUGGUGGUGGUGGGGAGAGGCCCUCAGAAAACUCAGCACUGCCAGAGAAACAGGAGUUUUUGAGGGCUGCCCCUGGGAAAUGGCCCAAGAGCAUUCUAAAAUUGUGCAUUCCCAGCAGAUCCCGUACUUUUCUUGGAAUGUCGGUGGGCCCUGGGAUGCCAUCUCUGCUAUCUGCCGUAGAUUAGACUAAAUAAAAUGGGCUGAGGGUACUUUUGGGGGUAGAUGGUGGUGGCCUGCAGUGACACAGAAAGGAGAGAAACCAGUGGUGUUCUUUCAGGCUUCUUCUGGCUUGACAGCUUCUCUCUCUCUCUCUAUCACCCCCACCACAGAAAUCCUAAGUCAUACAUUGCUGCCAGUGACAACUGAUCGUUUCCCAAGCAGACAAGUGUACUGAUGGUGAAUUGAGGGAAGUUACUAUUCUCUCACGGAAUGCACACUGAUGACAUUGUACGGACGGGGGGCGGGGGGGGGGGGAGUGGGGGGAGGAUCUUGCCAAUUUCAGUUCCCUUUUACUGGAGAACGGGAAGAGUUCCAUCCGAAGAUGCCCAGCGCUACUUCCCAGGUUUUUUUGUUUUUUUUUUUUUUUCUAUCCCAUUAGGUUGGAAGGUACUAAACAUUGGACUGUUAAGAUUAGACAUUUGAAUUCUGUUGACCCGCACUUUAAAGCUUUUGUUUGCAUUUAAAUUAAAUGGCUUCUAAACAAGAAAUUGCAGCAUCUUCUUCGUUUUGGCCCAGAGGUGGGUUAAACUGUAAGGGAUGGCUGAGAUGGAGUGUCAGUAUUGCUAAGCGUGGCAUUCACAAUACUGGCACUAUAAAGAACAAAAUAAAAUAAUUUAUUGGACAGUUUUUCUACUGCCAUUCAAUUUGAUGUGAGUGCCUUGAAAACUGAUCUUCCUAUUUGAGUCUCUUGAGACAAAUGCAAAACUUUUUUUUUUUUGAAAUGAAAAGACUUUUUUAAAAAAAAAAGUAAAACGAGAAAAGUACAUUUCUUUAGAAACAAACAAAGCCACAUUUACUUUAAAUAAAUUUUCAAAAAUCCUGGUUGAAGACAUGAAAAUGCCAUAAGACCCAAUCAAAUGAAGAAAUAAACCCAGCACAACCUUGGAUAUCCAUUAGCUGAAUUAUCCUCAGCCCCUUUUGUCUGUGGGACAACGCUGCUUAGAUGUGGAGUGGAGGUGAUUUACUGCUGAAUUAAAACUCAAGUGACACAAGGUACAAGUUGAUAUCGUUGAAUGAAAAACAGAACAAAAACAAUUCAGGAACAACGGCUAAUUUUUUUCUAACGUUAAAUUUAGUGCACUCUGUCUUAAAAAUACGUUUACAGUAUUGGAUACAUACAAGGGUAAAAAAAAAAUUGUGUGUAUGUGUGUUGGAGCGAUCGUUUUUUUCAGAGUUUGCUUAAUAGGUUAUAAAAAGAUGCCACAGUGGCUGCGUGUAUAUUGUUUUCUUUUGGUGACGGGGUUUUAGUAUAUAUUAUAUAUAUGAAAAUUUCUUGAUUACUGUAAAAGUGGACCAGUAUUUGUAAUAAUCGAGAAUGCCUGGGCAUUUGACAAAACAAGAAAAAAAAAAAAAACCCUUUUCUUUUCCUUGAAAAUGUUGCAGUAAAAUUUAAAUGGUGGGGUCUAUAAUAAUUUGUUCUUGUCACAGUAACUGUAAAGUCGGAGUUUUAGUAAAUUUUUUUCUGCCUUGGGUGUUGAAUUUUUAUUUCAAAAAAAAAUGUAUAGAAACUUGUAUUUGGGGAUUAAAAGGGGAUUGCUACACCAUGUAGAAAAAGUAUGUAGAAAAAAAAGUGCUUAAUAUUGUUAUUGCUUUGCAGAAAAAAAAAUCCACAUUUCUGAUCUGUACUUAUUUUCCUCCCCCUGCCUCUCUCUGGAAUGGAUAUUGGUUGGUUCAUAUGAUGUAAGCACUUGCUGUAUUUUUACUGGAGCUUGUAAUUUUUUAACUGUAAGCUUGUCCUUUUAAAAGGAUUUAAUGUACCUUUUUGUUAGUGAAUUUGGAAAUAAAAAGAAAAAAAAAAACAAAAACAAGCAGGCUGCCAUAAUAUAUUUUUUUAAUUUGGCAGGAUAAAAUAUUGCAAAAAAAAAUUUGUAUGUUAAGUCCUAUUGUACAGGAGAAAAAAGGGUUGUUUGACAACCUUUGAGGAAAAGAAACAAAAGGAAGUAGCUAAAUGCUUUGGUUCACAAAUCAUUUUAGUUGUAUAUAUUUUUGUCGGAAUUGGCCUCUACAAAGGACUGUUCGAAUAGGGCUUCACUCUGAAUGCCCUGAACCUUGCAUCAAGGCUCCCUGGUGUGGCCACAGCAAACCAGAUGGGAAAUUCUUUAUUUGUGUUGAGUGGAAAAAUCAGUGUUUGUCAAGGUAUAGGUACCAUUUCACAGAGCCCUCCCUUUCUUUAAGAGGCAUCUGUAAAAGAUGUCAGAUGUAGAGGAGAGCCCAGAGCAUCUUCCUCCUCUGCCGUCACCCUGCCCUUCAGAGCAGAAAGAAACGCAAGCUGAGCUUUCUUUAGUCCUUGAGAAAGCAUUAAACAAACAAGCAAACAAAAAUUGUAAUAAAGGGAGCUGGUGUAUCAGCUAGGCGCAGGUGACGUGAUCUGUGGCUGGGACCAGCGCAAAUCGGAUUUCAGGAAGGAGUCCCCAUCACAACCAGGACCUUUUAUCCCUUGGAGAGUGUUGGCCUGUUGUCUUUCUUACCUGCGUUGCUGCUUUUCUCUCCGAAACCUACAUUCCGUCAAGUUUCCGAAUGCCUAGGGCCUGGGACGAAUUCGGUGCCUUUCCAUAGCUUUCUCUUUCCUUCCUCUGUGUUUCCUCUCCAUCCUUACGCCUCUGUCAGUCCUUUAUUUGUUCUUUUCGUUUUUAUUCGAUUUACUUCUCCCUCUCUGUCCCCCCACUCCUUUUUUUUUUUUUUGUAAAGCCAAGUAGCUUUAAGAUAAUAAAAUGGUGUUUUUUUGGAUGAGGGAAUAAUACGUUUUUUAAAAAAUACCUAUAUCAGGAAGCCAUUUUUUAUUUCAGGAACUCUAAGAAACCAUUUCAGGUUACGAAAGUAUAACCAAGCAUCCUGUCGGGCAAUUCUUUACCAAAUGCAGAAAUCUUUCUUCUGGGCGCUUUUCUGUUUAGUAUGCUCUUUGCUCCUUGCCAUUUACCUUUGCAAAGUAGAAAGAAAGGGAGAGGAAGUGGAAGAUAAAGCUGAGAUGUCCAUUUCCUACCUGCUUGAUCCGAAGACCCAGGGGCCCGUCCUUUCCUCCGGAUGCCCUGGGAAGGUCCUUUAGAGCCUCCAAGGCUAUCCUCCUGUAGUUAACAGAAGCUAGCCAGCUCUCACCAGCUUCCGCAAAGUCACCACGAUUCCAGGACUAAGCCAUCCUAAAGCACAAAGAUUUUGUCUCUGUCGACUGCAGAGAAAUGAGCAUUUUGCUUCUCUGUCAUGUUUAAAAAGCCAACACUGAAGCAGAUGACCCAGUGAGAGAGGCCCCGAGCCUGGGGGACCCAGCUGACCCUGCCGGUUUCCACACUGCCACAACUUGGUUCAAAGUUGCCACAACUUGGUUCAAAGUUGCCACAACUUGGUUCAAAGUUGCCCCAAAUUGGAACCUGCCACUUGCCAUUUGAGGGUCUUUCACGGGGGGAGGAGGAAGCUGAAUUCCUCUAAGCAAAAAUGUGAAAAGUAGGGAAAUCAGCCUUUCGUCCCUGUCCUAAGUGACAGUCAAAGAUUUUGUGGAACACAGGCAAACCCAUGAUUUUGGUGCUCUUUGUAUCAGCUCUGUGAAGCAAAGUUACAUUGAGUUAAGUUGUUUGCAUUUGUACUGGCAAGGCGAAAUAUUUUUAUUACCUUUUCUAUUACUUAUUGUAUGAGAUUUUGUUGUUUACUUGGAGGUUCUGUCUUUUACUACAAGUUUGGAACUAUUUAUUAUUGCUUGGUAUUUGUGCUCUGUUUAAGAAACAGGCACUUUUUUUUUUUAUUAUGGAUAAAAUGUUGAGAUGACAGGAGGUCAUUUCAAUAUGGCUUAGUAAAAUAUUUAUUGUUCCUUUUAUUCUCUGUACAAGAUUUUGGGCCUCUUUUUUCCCCUAAUGUCACAAUGUUCAGUUCAGCAUGUGUCUGCCAUUUCAUUUGUACGCUUGUUCAAAACCAAGUUUGUUCUGGUUUCAAGUUAUAAAAAUAAAUUGGACAUUUAACUUGA